AUGUUUUACAUCAGAUUCAUCAACUAUAUAGAACCCAGAAACAAAACAGAUAUUUCAGGAUUUGUCCUCCUGGGAUUGACAGAUGAUCCAGAACUACAGCCCAUCCUCUUCUGUCUGUUUCUGUCCAUGUACCUGGUCACCGUGCUGGGGAACCAGCUCAUCAUCCUGGCUGUCAGCUCAGACUCCCACCUCCACACACCCAUGUACUUCUUCCUCUCCAACCUGUCCUUGGCUGACAUCUGUUUAAGCACAACCACCAUCCCAAAGAUGCUGGUGAACAUCCAAACACAGAAUCAGCACAUCUGUUACACAGGCUGCUUCACCCAGAUUUGCCUUGUUCUGAUUUUUGGUGGUAUGGAAAACUUUCUCCUUACAGCAAUGGCUUAUGACCACUAUGUGGCCAUUUGUCACCCUUUGAUGUACACGGUCAUCAUGAGCCCCAACAUCUGUGGGCUGUUGAUUCUCCUCUCCUUGCUCAUCAGCAUUGUGAAUGCCCUGCUCCACAGUGUAAUGGUACUUUGACUGUGGAAACUGUAUAUCCCCCAAUUAUUCUGUGAACUUGCUCAGGUCAUCAAGCUCACUUGCUCGAACUCUCUCAUCAACACCAUCCUGGCUAAUUCUAUGGAUAGUAUAUUCAGUGGUAUUUCUCUUACUGAGAUUAUUUUCUCUUACAUUCAAAUUGUCUCUUCACUUGUGAGAAUUCCAUUAGCAAGCAGAAAAUAUAAAGCUUUUUCCACCUGUGGGUCGCAUCUCUUAGUUGUCUUCUUAUUCUAUGGCACAGGUUUUGGGGUGUACAUCAGCUCUGCAGUUACUGACUAUUCCAGGAAGACUGCAGUGGCCUCAAUGUUGUACAUUGUGGUUCCUCAAAUGUUAAACCCCUUUAUUUACAGCCUGAGGAACAGAGAUAUGAAGGGAGCCUUGAGAAAAAUAAUGAGUAGGAUAACAUUUCGUCAGUGA